GAUUUAGUCAGUGUGCAAGGAAUGCAAAUCUAAUGGUUGCUAAUCAAAUCCUUUUCGCUAUGAAUGUUGUUGUGCGUUCUUAGCAUCCAAAGAUAGAUGGUUUGAAUGUCGAUGCAUUUUUUUUCUCCAUCGAACUUAUUUCAUUUUUCUCAAAACAGGUCGCGGGAGAAGAACAAGUCCUUGAUGUAGAAGAUAUACAACUACUGCAGUGAUCUUCUAUCUUUUAUGGUCAGUGUCACUGUUUCAGCGUCAUUCUAGGUAGCAAACCAAUACCAACAGCAGAAAGUACUUGAUUUUUCUCUUUCGGGCAGUCACUGUCGGCGUUUUUUUUCUUCAAAUCCCUGGUUCUGGUUUUGCAUCCCUGAUUACGCCGUUUCGUUCGACGAGAUGAAGAUAACACUCGAUCUGGUAGAGAGGUCGGAUCAGAGUGUGAAUCCGGCGAAGGAGCGACAGCUCACACUGAGGGGGUAAGAGUUUUUUGUUUUGACUGUCUUGAUGCUCUUUGAGGCAGAAUAAUAAGUAAGGGUCGUAAGAGGGAAGAACGGUCGUGAGUAUCUCAUCGUGAUUGGAUAAUGGGCUGGUGAGAUAGUCAAGAUAUAUCUUCCCUCUUACUCCUUGUUGUUCUAUGCUUUCAUCAGCUUGGAAGGAACGCGUACAGCUGUGAAUAAAUGCGAACUGCUUCUCAUCAUCAAAUGAUACUCAAAUAAUAAUGAACUCCUAUCAUCCGCCAAACCCACUCAAAAACAGGAACCAUGUCGAAGUUAUCGAAAAUUUGGGUAUUACGAAGGAUCAAUAUGAGUGCUUCGAUUUCUCCGAUAACAACCUGAUAAAGAUCCAUCCCUUUCCAGCACUGAAGCGAGUAAGAACACUCUUGUUCGCCAACAACAGCAUUCAGAGGAUAGCGCCGGAAGCGUUUGUUCGUACUGUUUUUGAUUGUGACGUUUUUGAUUGUGCUUUAUUUGAUUUUUGCCACAAAAGCUUCAGACGGACAACAAUUUUGAUUCUACUAGGUAAGAGCACCAAAGCAUCAUCCUCAUUGUCAAUCUUGCACCUUACCACACCAUCUUACUUUAAGGUCUCCCAAACCUCGAAGCAAUCGUUCUUACAAAGAACAAGAUAAGGGAUUUGGUCGAUCUCGAGCCCCUUGCGAAAUGCAAGAAACUGCAGAGGCUAACGCUGCGAGAGAAUGAGAUAUGUAUUAUGCAGAUUCCACACACUUGUUAUGGAGAUUUACUCACUGAUAGAGAUAUAAUUUGAAGUGCUGUCGAGUAUAUAGAAUGAUUAGGACGAGCAAGAACUACAUCUUGAUGAAAUGAAAAUUUCAAUCAUUUGUUCUUUCCUUUCCCUUUCAAACAAAAAACUCCACAAGCCUUUCCCUUUCAAACAAAAAACUCCACAAGCCUUUCCCUUUCAAACAAAAAACUCCAUAAGCCUUUCCCUUUCAAACAAAAAACUCCACAAACUACAACAGGUGCCGGCGAGUAUUACAGGCAAUUUGUCAUAUAUCUGAUGCGAGACACGCCGCUGAAAAUCCUCGACUUCCAGAAGAUAACACAGACGGUACUCCUAGCUUUUGACUUGAUUUCUACCGUUAAAAACAUAGGCUACUUCUUUCUCUUCCAUCUAUCUUUCUCUUCCAUCUAUCUUUCUCUUCCAUCUAUCUUUCUCUUCCAUCUAUCUUUCUCUUCCAUCUAUCUUUCGCAGGAGCGCGAAGAGGCUCGCCAAUUAUUUGAGGAGAAAGAUCGACACCUCUUUGACCGACUAGCGCCAACACGGUUGACCAGGGAAGAGGAAGUGAAUCAGAGACGGGAAAUGCUCUCAGCCAGUCAAAAACUAGUCUACAAAAAACUCCUCAUGUCAACGACGGAUGCCAUGGAGUUGCAAAUUCUACAAGAGAAAUUCGACCGCGGAGAAGCACCGCCAGACACCUUGGCGGAGUUGAAGGUGGAAGUUGUGUCGUAGCUGGUUUUUCUAUAAGGUGGGAUCAGCCUUUCUCUAUAAGGUGGAUGGACAAGCCGUUUUCCUUCAAAUCUGAAGAUGAAGAUUAUUUUGGGAAAAAGUUGGAGUUCUGAGAAAAAGUUGGAGUUUUGACGAGAAACAACUUCAUGAUCAUAGUAAGUCAACAUUCAAUAAUAGUAUUCACGAUUGGUCAUGGUCUAAGGAAAUCUUGUGAGUUACUUCCUCUUCCUGUACGACAAUUGGUGACCAAUUAGUGACACGCUGGAAGUCAUCAUGCUUCUGGAAAAAUCAAACACCCUCACGCAUUUUACCCAACAGAAGUUUCACACAAUGUAUAAGUCAACUUAAUGCGCCCAUACAUUUUGCGAACGAAUGCCAAUGGAUCGCUUCAAGCGUGUCUUUGGUUUUGCGCGGGACUUUUCAUAGAUCCUACUCGCAUCCCCGAGACAAG